CGAGAUGGAUCAAGAAAUUGGGUUGAAAUAGUUUUUAAAAAUUUGGGAAGAAUCUCGUUGUGGAGGAUGGCCGAAAUUCACAGGAAAAACAAUUUUACUGGUUUUUGAUUUUUUUUUUGGAAAUGUCCUACAUUUAAAAUGUAACUAAAAAAUUCCCUUUAAAAUACAUGGCCAUUCGUGCCAAAUUUCCCCUCCAUUUCCAUUUUCGCAAGCGGUUCUGUUCUGCUGCACUCCAAUGGACGAAGACGAAGGAGAACUUCUCGUAUGGAAGUCAGACUCAGCACCUCAAUCUAUGGUUUCAGUCACAGUUGGCCGAGUUAUGACCACCUUACUCGUUGCUCGCCCAAAGAAGCUACACAACGCCGUUUCCGGUCUCUCAACCGACCACCGCCAAGGAGCUUCUUCACUAGAUUCUAUUCACCAAUCUCUCUGGUUUCUGCACCAAUAUGUCAAGGACGCUGUUCAAAACCAUGUCUCUUUAGAUGAAAUCCUCAUCCCCAUGAUUGAACACACGCUGAGACUCAAGGAUAAGAACUGGAAGCGAGGGGGCCAAGUUGUGGUGCUUCUUAACUGGCUGUUCCUUGACGAACUUAUUUUCCUAACGCUGAUAAAAAAUAUUGCGGAUAUUAUUGUGAGAAAGGAUGAUCGCUAUGUCGCUCUUGGCUGGUGUAUCCUUGUCCGUAGUCUUGUGGAGUUCGAGUCUGUCCCUUGUGAACUUCCAUUGAACGGGUUAAGAGAGAGAUUCAAUGAUAUGUUGAAGGUACUCUGUUCGUGCAUUCCACGUCUGACAUGUAUUUUAAGUAAAGGAAGUAUGCUACAGGAAGGGUUUGAGUUACCUUCUCGCCUUGCAGUUUGCGCUGCUGAUUGCAUCACGUCUCUUACUAAUGCACUGACCAGAAAGGCAGAGGUUCAAAUGAGGCAAAAAAGAUUAAAUGCAAAUUCAUCGUAUCAGCAAGUUACUUUCUUUCCAAAUGCUGUUGAUGAUCAGCAAGAGAAACCAAUUAGUAAUGCUUCAAAAGAUUCAUACUUGGACAUGGAGUAUUUACUCUGGCAUCAAUUGAAGGACCUCACGAAAUUAGUGCAGAGGCUUCUUGCAUGGAGCAGGAAAAGUCAGCCUUUGCAUGCAAAAGGUCUAGAGCAAGUGCUUAAGUGGUUGGAUGAGAUAAAUUUGCAUUAUGGUAACUUCCAAGAUGAGUUUGCCAUAGGGAAGGUGAAAUCUAAGAUUCCUCGAACUGGAUCCCUGCUACUUUCUUCUUGUUGGAGGCACUACAGCACCUUAUUAUUUUUGGAAGAUCGCCUAUUUUCUCAGCAUUACAAAGAAUGGUUGAACCAGUACUUGUCGGGCAUUCAGUAUUAUUCAGGCCAUCACACUGAGGAGACUAUUGGAAAUAAGAAUGCUAGAGAGACCAUGAUUUUUUUCCUGAAUUGUUUAUGCCUUCUAUUGGGACGGCUUGACAGAAAAAAAUUUGAAAGCACAAUUUCAGAAUAUGGAACUCAGAUUUCUCAGGUUCUGCUAUUGCAGUUUCAUAGUACAGAUGAAGAUGUCGUUGACGAGGUUGUUAGCAUAUUUAAGGCGUUUUUUCUUAAUUCAAAAUUAUCUUCUGGAGGCAGCAUCACUGACAACAGGCAACUGGAUUCUGUGAUGCCAUUGUUGCUUAACCUUCUAGAUGAGCGGGAUGUCAUCGCUAGAGCUGUCAUCAUUCUCAUUGCAGAAUCUUGUUUGAUGAGCAGAGAUAAUCAGUUCCUUUUGGAAGUCUUUAAGCGAUUUGAUUCUGAUAGUAUCAUGCAGAGGAGGAAUGCUAUUGAUGUGAUAUCUGAAAUUGUUCAGAUGUCAUCAAAUACAAGAAAUUUACUUACUCAGUCAGCAUGGCAAGAUACAGCUAACCAGUUAAUCAAGUGCCUGGAAGAUGAAGAAAUUCUGAUUCGUAAACAGGCUGCUGAUUUGCUUCCUUUUGUUGAGCCGGCUUUGUUUUUACCUUCCUUAGUACGUCUUGUCUACUCGUCAAAUGAUAAAGUUCUAGCUUCAGCCAGGGAGGCUCUCAUUGGGGUGCUCAAAUAUCAUAAUCAGAACAUUGGAGCAAUUUUGAUGCUACUUGACUGUGUUAGUGAUUUUUCUCUAAAUGCAGCUCUUCCAAGCACCGGGGGUAAUGGUCAAGAGCUUUUGCCAGGAACAAGGUUGCAAAGUGACCGAGUGCUCAGCCUAAUUCCUCAAUGGUCACAAAGUGUUCAAAAUUGGAAGUUCUUGAUAGGCCCGUUGAUUGAUAAGAUGUUUGCAGAACCAUCUAAUGCAAUUCUCGUAAGAUUCCUGAGUAUGAUAAACGAGCACUUGGUGAAAGCCACUGAUGUGGUCCUAAAGCGUAUUUUGUCAUAUGUGAAAGGACAGAAAGAGAUAGAUGAGUGCUUCUACACUAAACAGGAUAACCAAGACGAAGAUAUCUCCCUGAGUGUGCCACAAUCUCUAUUUGAGCGUCUUUGUCCACUACUUGUUAUUAGGAUGCUUCCCUUUGAAGUUUUUAAUGACUUGAGUAUGUCGGUCAUGUAUGGUCAGCUUCCUAACCGAGCAAUUAUGCAUGAUAUGGACAUGGUUGAUCAUAAGUGUGUUGCAGCUCUCUUAUUAAACAGGGCAUUUUCGAAGCACGAAUUUGAUGAUGUACGGAAGCUUGCUGCUGAGUUGUGUGGGCGCAUUCAUCCCCAGGUGCUUUAUCCUAUUGUUAACUCCGUACUAGAAGAUUCUGCCAUUUCUCAUAAUAUACCAAGAAUAAAAGCCUGCCUUUUCUCGACGUGCACAUCCCUCGUGGUAAGAGGUGAGCAGAACUUCUCACAUUUUGACAUGUUUGAAAUUGUAAAAACCUUGGAAGUAAUUCUAUUGUGGCCGUCACAGAGUGGAGAUGAAGUUUCCAAAUCAAAACAUGGAUGCAUUGAUUGCAUUGCGUUGAUGAUAUGCACUGAGCUACAAGCUCCAAACUCAUGGAGUGCCUCCAAAUUUGAGAAAAUUGACAUUGAUGAAAAAGGGCAUGCCUCCUUAAAAGGUUCUAUCCUGGAUUAUGUGAUCGGUCGAUUAAUAAAUGGUACAAAAGAACAAGGUGCAGCCUAUGACUUGGACAAUAAUGACAACCCAUCCAAUAAUUCAACUCCUUUAUCUCUUCGCCUUUGCAUGGCAAAUGUGCUCACCAGUGCCUGCCAAAAGCUUUCUGAUUCAGGAAAGAAACAAUUUGCUUGGAAAGUUCUUCCACGUCUCAUUAGUUUUGUUGAGGUAACAAGUACAUGGGUAGAUAUUAGAGCUCCAUGUAUUGGAAUCAUCUUUUCAGCCGUAUAUCAUCUGAAGUCGGCUGUUCUACCUUAUUCCAAUGAUAUUUUCAGAGUCUCCUUAAACGCCCUAAAAAACGGUCAAGAACAGGAAAGGAUAGCUGGUGCUAAGCUGAUGGUAUGCCUCAUGUCAAGUGAAGAUCCAAUUUUGGAAUGUAUUUCUGGAGGAUUACUAGAAGCGAGAGAUGUGCUCUCAAGUGUAUCUUCUUCGGAUCCUUCAAUUGAAGUCCAACAAAUUUGCCAAAAGAUGCUCCACUGUUUGAUUUCAUCAUCAUAAUUGGAUAAUGAUGUUCCUGUCUUGAAUUUUUAAUCAUAAAAGUCAUUGUAAAUGAUAGCAAUUGGUAAAACCUAUGGUAUAUUUGGAGGAUUAUUUUUGUCUACUAUGGUAUAUUUGUAAAUAGUAGUAAUAGUAGUGAUUUUAAAUACAUGGUACAUCAGUUGAAGGACUCUUUUAGCAUGGGCCUCACCUAUCAGUUAAUUUUUUUUUAAAAAAA